AUCCUCACGUUGCUCAUGCUGUUGACCUUCUCUGCUACUGGAGUGUUAUAAUGUAAAAUAUUGAGGUAAAUAAGAGGAUAGACAGAAUGUCAGUAGCUUUAAUAACACGCCGCUUGGUUGGCAGCACUUUGUGUCAGAAGUGGAGCAGACUUCAGCUCAUCCCCAAAAAGUUUGUCUACACAGUUCACCAGCCACGCUGCUUCUUAUUCUACACAAAGAACCGCACUGGGUCAGUGCCGCCCACAUACACCACCGGUUCUCAGAUCAGAGCCGAGUCGUUUCAUUUAUCGUCACUUAAAUUGAAGAAACGGGAGCCGGAGGAGCCGCCGCCACGAGAACUCGACCUGCUCAGAUAUGACCUGAAGUCCUUAAAGCAUGCCCCUAAACCAGCACUGUAUUUGGGAUUGUCCGGUCUCAUACCGUUUGUAUCGGCUCCAUUACUCAUGGCUAUUACAGAGACUUACCUUCCUGAGGUAGCUUAUGCACAGGUUGUGUACGGUGCCUCCAUCGUUUCUUUCCUCGGAGGAGCUCGGUGGGGCUUCGCGUUACCAGAGGGAAGCCCUGCAAAACCUGACUGGCUGAAUUUAGCCAACAGCGUUGUACCCUCGUUAAUAGCCUGGCUGGCAUUGCUUUUUAGCCACAAUAUUACCCAGUCAAGCAUGCUGGUGAUUAUGGGUCUGGGUAUAUCUCUGCAUUAUGACCUGGCUCUUUUACCUACGUACCCCAGCUGGUUCAAGGCACUGAGGACAGUCCUCACAACCGUAGCGUUCUUGUCUUUAGUGGCUACAUUGGUCAUUAAAGGGUUUUUUCCAGAGAAGAAAUAUUUGACAGAGGAAUAGAUGAUUAAAACGACUCUGUAUCUUUUUUUGAACAUUAAGCUUGAACAGAAAUCAUGUGUAACCUGUAAAUACCUGUUCUGCCCGGUCAUGAAUGUGAUGUAAUUCCAAUGCAUACAUUCAAUUCACAGAAAUGAAAUAAAUACUAAAAAUGUAUUCAUUC